UCCCUGUUCUCUCUGUCUCUCUCUUCUAAGCUUGCACAUGGACAGUGAAAACAAGUAGAAAAAUGGCGGAUUGGUGAAGUCAAAAACCAAAUCCCACAAGCAACUAUAUGCUUUCUUUCUACCACUUCAAUCCUUCCAUUGUUUAUCCAUUUCAUCAUUUCCACUCUGAAAUUCCUCUCCAUUAUUCCUUUCUUCCUCUUCCUCUUCUUCUUCUUCUUCCCAAUUUUCCUUUUCACUUCCAUUUCAAAACCAUUCUCUCUCUCUCUCUAGAAUUCUUUCAGUCCUCUAAUGGCGACUCUUGGGGAUAUUGGGGUUUCAGCAUUAAUCAAUAUCAUUACUGCCUUUGUUUUCCUUCUUGCUUUUGCUAUUUUGAGAAUUCAGCCCAUCAACGAUAGAGUUUAUUUUCCUAAAUGGUAUAUCAAUGGCGGACGAAAUAGUCCUCGUAGUUCCAGAAACUUUGUUGGGAAAUAUGUUAAUCUCAACAUUUGCACUUAUCUCACUUUUUUGAACUGGAUGCCUGCGGCUUUGAAGAUGAGCGAGACGGAAAUUAUUUCUCAUGCUGGGUUUGAUUCAGCUGUUUUUCUCAGAAUUUACACUCUCGGGUUGAAGAUAUUCUUCCCAAUAACCAUUGUUGCACUACUUGUUCUCAUACCAGUCAAUGUGUCUAGUGGGACACUAUUCUUCUUAAAGAAGGAAUUGGUUGUAAGCGACAUCGAUAAGCUAUCGAUAUCGAACGUUUCUCCUCGAUCCAUAAGGUUUUUUGCUCAUAUAGGAUUGGAGUACUUGUUCACCAUAUGGAUUUGUUACUUGCUUUACAAAGAAUACAACAAUGUAGCACAAAUGAGAUUGAAUUUCUUGGCAUCGCAGCGCAGACGUGCCGAACAGUUUACUGUGUUGGUUAGAAAUGUACCACAUUCAUCUGGCCGCUCGACCUCGGAUUCGGUUGAUCAAUUCUUUCAUAAAAAUCAUCCCGAACAUUAUCUUUCUCAUCAGGCUGUAUACAAUGCCAACAAGUUUGCUAAACUAGCAAAAAAGAGAGCAAGGCUCCAGAAUUGGUUGGACUAUUAUCUACUUAAGUUUGAAAGGCAUCCAGAUAAGAGACCGACUACGAAGACAGGAUGUUUUGGAAUAUGUGGUAGAAGAGUUGAUGCUAUCGAAUACUACAAACAACAAAUGAAGGAUCUCGACGCCAGAAUGGGAUUGGAGAGACAGAAAAUUAUCAAAGAUCCUAAAGCAAUAUUACCAGUUGCUUUCGUUUCAUUUGAUUCUCGUUGGGGUGCUGCGGUUUGUGCACAGACGCAGCAGAGCAAGAAUCCCACAUUAUGGCUCACAAAUUGGGCUCCAGAACCUCAUGAUGUUUAUUGGCAGAACCUUGCUAUACCAUUUGUUUCCUUAAGCAUUAGAAAACUAGUUAUAUCAUUAUUGGUUUUUGCUCUAGUGUUCUUCUACAUGAUACCGAUUGCUUUUGUACAAUCGCUAGCCAAUUUGGAAGGUCUCGAACGAGUCGCACCUUUCCUAAGGCCCGUGAUAGAAUUGAAGUUCAUCAAGUCAUUUUUACAAGGUUUUCUCCCGGGUUUGGCUCUCAAAAUCUUUUUAUAUAUACUUCCAUCAGUUCUCAUGGUCAUGUCAAAAAUUGAGGGGCACGUAGCAGUUUCUGCCCUUGAAAGAAGAGCUGCGGCGAAAUACUAUUAUUUUAUGCUUGUAAAUGUGUUCUUGGGAAGUAUUGUGACUGGUACAGCUUUUGAGCAACUGGAUUCCUUCAUUCACCAAUCUCCUACUCAAAUUCCUCGGACGAUUGGAGUUUCCAUACCGAUGAAGGCCACUUUCUUCAUUACAUACAUAAUGGUCGAUGGGUGGGCUGGAAUAGCAAGCGAAAUUCUUCGAUUAAAACCACUGGUCAUCUUUCAUCUCAAGAAUCUCUUUAUGGUGAAAACCGAAAGAGAUAGAGCAAAGGCAAUGGAUCCAGGAAGUGUGGAAUUUCCUGAAACUUUACCGAGCUUACAAUUGUACUUUCUACUGGGAAUUGUCUACUCUGUGGUCACCCCCAUUCUUCUCCCAUUUAUACUCGUCUUCUUCGCAUUUGCCUACUUGGUUUACCGACAUCAGAUCAUCAAUGUAUAUAAUCAGCAUUAUGAGAGUGUUGGUGCCUUUUGGCCCCAUGUUCAUAGCCGCAUCAUAGCAAGCUUGUUGAUAUCUCAACUACUGUUAUUGGGUUUGCUCAGUACAAAAAAAGCUGCCAAUUCUACCCCGUUGCUCGUUGCCUUACCAAUAUUGACUUUAUUCUUCCACAAGUACUGCAAGAACCGAUUCGAACCUGCAUUUCGUAAAUAUCCUCUCGAGGAAGCAAUGGCCAAAGAUACACUGGAGCGAAGCACGGAACCCGACCUCAACGUAAAAGCCUUCUUAGCCGAUGCUUACUUGCAUCCAAUUUUCAGAUCUUUUGAGGAAGAAGAAUUAUCAGAGGUUAAAGUUGAGAAACAAAAGUCUCCAGUACAUGAUGAUAGCUCUGUGAGUGAACUCAGUUCUCCUUCCCCACCACACAUAGUUGAUGAACAUCAUCAUUCUCAUCCUCAGUCCCCACCCCAUUAUAUAUAUCAUCCUCAAUCCCCUCCUCAUUUUGUAUAUCCUUCAUAUCCUCCACAUCAAUAUGCCUAUAGUUAUGAUCCUGAGCAUUAGAACAAUUUAAAUCAAACAAUGUAGGAAUUGACCCCCCCAAGCUGAUAGGUUUUUUAACCAAACUUUGUGUUUUAUCUUUCAUUAAUUGUAAUUAUCUCAUUCUCAAUGAAAAAUGUUCUCAAGUUUCAUUCUGUUUUUUGAUUGA